AUGCCUGCGACCGCGAACGCUGAAGCAGGCCCGUCACGGCCACCAGCGGCCCCGCAAGCACACGCCAAUGCCGCGGCCAACGUCGAGGCUGGCCCGUCUCGCUUGCGCGGCGUCGGCGACGACCACGCGUCGGCCGUUGCGAACGGUGUCGUCAAGCCGGCGCCUACCGUCGUGCAAGCUUCCCAGCACGGCGUACACACCCUUCCCCGCCGGUUCCUCGGCCCCAUGCCCGCAUCGCACGUCUACAGUGAUCAGACGGAGGAGAAGCGCGCACGCUUACGGCACAUGAAGCGGCGAGCGAUGAAGAGCAUGCUAGGCGACCAGGCGCUGCUGGGGCUCCCGACGUCAUCCGGAUCAGGCGCAAACUCCCCAGGCAAGAGGGCGCUGCACAAGUUCCGCGUGAAGCGCAAGUCAAUCCUGGCCGCGCUGGACGAGGACGAGGCGUUCGAGGUCGCCUCGGGUGAUUCCUCGGAUACGUCCGAUAGCGACGGGACGGUGGACUCGGGAUGGCUGAAGAAGAAGAAGAAGCAGCGCAAGAAGAAGAAGGGCAAGAAGGCCAAGAAGAAGGCAAAGGGUGUAUUUUCGACCGAGUGGAUUGGGGACAGUUUCGACAUUGGGCGCGAGUUUGAGGGCAAACACGGCAAGGCACCCGAUCCUGCUGUCUCUGGCGCGCAUCCCGAUGACAUGGUUGAGGCGGACCGCGGCGGCUCCGCGCAGGCUGCGAGCAAUCGACAAAAGGCCAAGGACGAGCUGAAGCGGCUGGCCAACGACGGUGCGACCGAGGGGCAGUGGGAUAGCAGCGACGACGAUACGAUUCGACCACGCAUUACAGACUCGCCGGAAUCGUUCCGCCUCAGCUCAAAGGAUUCGUCGCCGGAGCAACCCCGCACCGACUCGCCGACAGCGCGGCCAGAGUCGCCGUCACCACUUUCCCAGCAAACCUCGCGGCUGACGUCACGCCGCGGCUCGUCAGCCGCCACCUCGACGAUCGCCGAGUCGUUCGUCACCGCCCCCACCCGACCCCUGACAAGCAGGGACGACAGCUCCGACUUUCACGCCAACCUCGAGCCGCCUUCACACCCUGCCCUGACGCACUCCGUCGAGCCGAGUCCGCACUCCUCCCCGCUUAUGAAAGGUUCGUCGGCUGCGGACUCUACGCGUCCGCUCAUUUCAGACGACGAAAACGAGGUGCGCAUCACGCCGGGCGAAAAGGGCAAGGCGCCCGCGGGGCGGCUGUUCAAGAAGUCGCCGACGAAGACGUCCAAGACCUCGAAAGGGUCACGACCGACCGCGCAGCGGCUCAAGUCUGCGCUCAGAACGAGCGUCGACAAGGCCAAGGAGAGGGGAAAGACGGUCCAGUUUCCCGAGGAUCCGGCGCAUGAGAUCCCGCCUGCGCGAGACGACGUCGUGCGCGAGGGCGACAAGAAGCCUGCUGACCCGAUGGCCGUGCUCAGUCGCGAUGGCGCAGCCAUUGACGGGACAUCGAGCGGUGCCGCCACGACCGCCUUUGACGACGACGACUUUAUGCCGGGUGGUGUUGUCAUGCGGGACCGCGCGCUCGUCAAGAUUGGACGGCACAGAGGUGACUUUUUGACGCUGUUUGACGAGGAAGCCGAGCGCCGCAUGCCCUGCGCCCGUAUCGACCCGACGGAGCAGUACAUUGUCGCGAUGACCAUGACCUCGGUCGACAUUUACUCGGACUGGCGACUACCCUGCGUCGAGCGCGCAAAGGGCUUCAAACGCCUCGUCUUCUCCAUCCCACUCGCGGGACGGACGAGCCUGACGCUGUUCAACCAGGUCGACAAGACCCUCUCUCUCACGUGCCCUUGGACGGCAGUGUACCGGCAGACGAUGCGACAGAUGUGCUGUGCGGAGGGCGGAAAGUCGACGUCUGCGUGGGACCGCGUGCGCCACGGCAACACGGCCGAGCACUUUGGCAUGGAACGCGCCGGGACGGGCGUCUUCGUCCUCAUCUUCCAGGAACACUCGCGCGCCCUCGACUGGCACUGGUACCUCGCUGGCCAGCUCGAGUACCGCCUGCCGAAACAGAUCGAGAUCCGCCUCCCCGCGCUGGCGACGAGUGUGCGCAUUCCUGUCCCCUCGGACGCGCCAUCGCUCACCAUCAACCGCGACGCCAUUGCCAAGGAAAUGUGGGACCUGAUCCUGGCAAGUCAUGACAGAAGGCACAUGUUCCAGGUACUCGGGCACGUGCCCGCACUCGAGUUUGCGUGGGAGUGCGGCGCUGCCCUCGACUGGGUCGCGUACAACACGACGGUGACCGGGAAGGAUAGAGAGUGGGGCCUGUUGGCUAGCUUUGCGCGUUGCGCCGACUUGAAAACCACGCGCGUGCUGCAGCUCAGAGACGCGGCGCACUACGUCACGGACAUUACGCUCGACACGGGGGUCAAGCUCAAGGAGCCGGCCAGUAUUGAGGGGUACCUCAUGCGGCAGACGAGUGACCUCGUCCGCAGCCAGGCACUCUACGUCGCCGUCAAUGACGGGUACGCCUUCCUCGCUCCAGCUGCUCUGGCUGACCCGCCACUGCUCCCCAAGAAAGCAGGGAGCACGCCAGCCGACCUCUUUCCCGACGUGCAGAAGGAGUUUCUCGCGAACGAGCGCCGACGCAUCUCUCGGUUCAUCUCCCGCUGCGUCGCCGUCAUGGAUCUGCGCGACAUUGCUUCCGUCAGACUCACCAAGGCACAGGAUCAGCCCAAGGCCGACUCGGACGAGGAGGGCGAGGAGAACAUGUCCCACGACCCUGUACCUCGAGAGGGCGAGAGCGACGAUCGCGAGUUCCAGGUCGAGCUGCGGAAUGGCCAAACCGUCAAGUUUGAGGCACACACGCCCGCCGUCGCUGCCGAAUGGGUUGCCCGCUUCCGCGCGCUCGUCGAGUACUGGACAGUGCGCCGGCGCGUGAACGCGCGGCAGGAGAUGGACGCAGUGGCGGGUGCUGCGGCAUUAGACCUAACAUUAGGCCAAACGCCCCACUGGCAGCUAUCCCUGUCGCGUCUGUGGAACUGGUGCGUCAUCGACGGCUGCCGCGCGAUCACAAUGGAAGCGCCGCUGUUCAUGAAGCAAGGCAAGUGGCCCAAGUUCCGGCAAUAUCUCGCCGUCCUCUCGAACGGGCGCCUGACCUGUUUCCGGAUCAAUGGCAACAAGGCCAUGCAGCGGAAACACAGCUGGCCUCUGUUUGGCGCGUAUGCGUACUCUGGGUUGAUGGCGCUGGACGAGCUGCAGGAGAACAACUCGCAGAGCGCCGUGUAUCCCAAGGCACGCAUCUAUGAGGACGGGCUGCAGGCCACGGACGACGCGGAGGACACGACGCUCGCGAUUGCGAUCACGUGGCCGACGGGACGAUGGGCGCCGCCGCAGCCGUGGGAGAUUGAAAACCCCGAUGGAGAUGUCCAGCCGCCGAAGUCCGUGUUCAGGAAGGAUCCCCUGUUGCUGCUUUGCAGGGCGAGGAGUAAGGUGAGUCCGCAUGAGUUUUCGAGGCCGCAGGCCGAGCGGCAGGUGCCGGGUGACGGUGGCCUGCCGCUCGGCCCAUUCGAAGCAUCCGGGGUCCCGCGUCCCCGCCAAGCCACAAUUGCACUGUCUUUCCGUCCGCCUUCUCCACCGCCGCCAUGUCCUGCCGCCUUUACGCCGUAUGCUAACCCCCAGCUCGAGCGCGACCGGUGGAUCUGGGCUCUGAACUGCGAAAAGGAGCGCCUGGCCCGGCAGUAUCCCAAGGACGAGGACGCGAUCAGAAACACGGGCAAUCUCCCGCGACACACGACACUGGACCAUUUCCGGCGCACAAGCGAGACGACCAGCAGUUCGCGCCGCCUCCCGCGGAGGAAGAGCUAG